AUGAUAUUUUUACUAUUUCUUAUACCCUUUUCAUAUUGUUCAAUAGCUGCUUAUUGGGGUCAAAAUGCUGGUGGUAAUCAAGGGAGUUUAGCAUCUUAUUGUCAAUCAAAUUCAGCAGAUAUAAUAAUAUUAUCAUUCCUUAAUGAUUUUCCAAAAAUUGGUUUGAAUUUUGCCAAUGCAUGUAGUGAUACCUUUAGUGAUGGUUUAUUACAUUGUCCACAAAUUGGUCAAGAUAUUAAAACAUGUCAACAACAAGGUAAAAUUAUACUUUUAUCACUUGGUGGAGCUACUGGUAAUUAUGGAUUUAGUUCUGAUUCAGAUGCUGCUUCAUUUGCAGAAACUUUAUGGAACAAAUUUUUAGAAAGCUCAGAUUCUGAACGUCCAUUUGAUGAUGCAAUUGUAGAUGGAUUUGAUUUUGAUAUUGAAAAUAAACAACAAACUGGUUAUGUUGCAUUAGCUAAUAGUUUAAAAUCAUAUUUUGCAAAAGGUUCAAAAAAGUAUUAUCUUUCGGCUUCUCCUCAAUGUCCAUAUCCCGAUGAAUCAGUAGGUGAUUUAAUGUCAUCCGUUGAUUUAGAUUUUGCAUUUAUUCAAUUUUACAAUAAUUAUUGUUCAUUAGAUAAACAAUUUAAUUGGGAUACUUGGGCAAAUUAUGCAAAUGGUAAAAAUAUCAAAUUAUUUUUGGGUUUACCAGGUUCUCCGUCGUCUGCUGGUUCAGGUUACGUAGAUAUAUCAAAAGUACAACGGGUUAUUCCUACUAUUAAAAGUGGUAAGAAUUUUGGCGGUGUUUCAUUAUGGGAUAUUUCAUCAACUCCAGUAGAUUUUUUAGAUGGUAUUAAAGAUGCUUUAGGAGGAUCUGCUCAACCAGCAUCAACUUAUUCUCAAUCUUCAGCAACUUCAAGUUAUAUUCCUCAGACACCAAGUACAGUUUAUUCACAAUAUAUUUCAACAACUCAACAAUCACAACCAACACACUCAAUUACAACAAUUACUCAAUCAACAACAUCUUCAAACAACUUUUUUGAUUGGUUAUUUGGUUCUCCAUCAAUAACAGCAGCUCAAGCAGCAGCAUCAACAACAGCUCAAGCAGCAGCACCAACAACAGCUUCAUCAUUCAACUGGUGGGGAAUUUUUGAAAGAACAACUUCAAGUACUACUUUACAAACAAUUUAUCAAACUAUACCGACUCAAGCAGCCGCAGAUGCUACUACUUACGUCACUUUAACAACUACAGUCUAUGCACAAGCUCAACAAACAUUAUUACAAAAAAGAGACAAUAACAUCAGAGAAGAAUCUAAUGGUGUCACCUUCAAACCUAAUUAUUUGCUACUUUUCUUAAUGUAUUUUAUUUAA